ACUCGUAAGAGACAGAAGCCUGUCAGCGAGACAGAGAGUGGAGAAUGUUACAGGUCACCUUUCCGGAAACCCUUGGCUCAGUUGACCAAUAGGCCGCACUGCCUGGAUAGCAGUCAACAUGAGGCUUUUAUCCGCAGCAUUUUGUCCAAACCCUUCAAAGUCCCCAUUCCAAAUUAUAAAGGACCACUGGGCUUGCGCGCGCUGGGUAUCAAACGGGCAGGGCUGAGGAGUCCGCUCCAUGACCCUUUUGAGGAAGGAGCUCUGGUUCUGUAUGAGCCCCCGCUGCUGAGUGCCCACGACCAGCUGAAAAUAGACAAGGACAAAGCACCUGUCCAUGUUGUGGUGGAUCCUGUCCUCAGCCGUGUUUUACGGCCCCAUCAGAGAGAAGGAGUGAAAUUCCUCUGGGACUGUGUGACGAGCAGGCGGAUCCCCGGGAGUCAUGGCUGUAUCAUGGCAGAUGAAAUGGGGCUAGGCAAAACCCUGCAGUGCAUCACACUCAUGUGGACGCUUCUUCGGCAAAGUCCAGACUGCAAGCCUGAAAUAGAGAAAGCCAUGGUUGUGUCUCCCUCAAGCCUGGUGAGAAACUGGUACAAUGAAGUACAGAAAUGGCUAGGGGGAAGGAUCCAGCCGCUGGCCAUUGAUGGAGGCUCCAAAGAAGAGAUUGACCGUAAACUAGUUGGCUUUAUGAACCAGCGUGGCCUGCGAGUGCCUUCACCCAUCCUGAUCAUCUCCUAUGAGACCUUUCGACUCCAUGCCGAGGCGUUACAGAAGGGCAGUGUUGGGCUAGUCAUAUGUGAUGAGGGCCACAGACUGAAGAACUCUGAAAACCAAACAUACCAGGCUCUCAACAGCUUAAAUACACCUCGACGAGUCCUUAUCUCAGGCACUCCCAUUCAGAAUGACCUGCUUGAAUAUUUCAGCCUGGUGCACUUCGUCAAUUCAGGCAUCCUAGGUACUGCACAGGAAUUUAAAAGACACUUUGAAAUUCCCAUCUUGAAAGGCAGAGAUGCAGAUGCAAGUGAAGCUGAGCGACACAAAGGAGAAGAGAGUCUUAAAGAGCUGAUCAGCAUUGUGAACAGGUGUUUAAUCCGAAGAACUUCAGACAUCCUGUCCAAAUAUCUGCCGGUGAAGAUUGAGCAGGUGGUCUGCUGCAGACUGACACCUCUGCAGGCUGAACUGUACAAGAACUUCCUGAAGCAAGCCAAGCCAGUGGAGGAGCUGAAGGAGGGCAAAAUCAGUGUGUCAUCUCUCUCCUCCAUAACUUCCUUGAAGAAGCUCUGCAAUCACCCUGCUCUUAUCCAUGAUAAGUGUGUGGAAGAGGAAGAAGGUUUUGUGGGAGCCCUGGACUUGUUCCCUGCUGGCUACAGCACCAAGUCUUUGGAGCCCCAGCUUUCAGGAAAGAUGCUGGUUUUGGACUACAUCCUUGCUGUUACAAAAAGCACCAGUAAUGACAAAGUGGUUUUAGUGUCUAACUACACUCAGACAUUGGACCUAUUUGAAAAGCUCUGCAGGAACAGAAGGUAUUUGUAUGUACGGCUGGAUGGCACCAUGUCCAUUAAAAAGCGAGCGAAGAUUGUAGAGCGAUUCAACAGCCCCUCGAGCCCUGAGUUUAUCUUCAUGUUAAGCAGCAAAGCUGGCGGCUGCGGUUUGAAUUUGAUUGGGGCUAACAGACUGGUUAUGUUCGACCCAGACUGGAAUCCAGCUAAUGAUGAGCAGGCCAUGGCUCGUGUGUGGCGAGAUGGCCAGAAGAAGACGUGUUACAUCUAUCGACUGCUUUCAACGGGAACCAUAGAGGAGAAGAUCUUCCAACGCCAGACCCACAAGAAGGCCCUCAGCAGCUGUGUGGUGGAUGAAGAGCAGGAUGUAGAAAGGCAUUUCUCACUUGGGGAGCUGAAGGAGCUCUUCUCAUUGAAUGAGACCACCACCAGUGACACCCAUGACAAGAUCAAAUGUCGUCGCUGUGUGAAUGGCCACCAGGUACGGCCACCUCCUGAAGGGUCUGACUGUACCUCUGACCUCUCCCAGUGGAACCACUGUGCCGAUAAGCGGGGGCUGCAGGACUCUGUGCUGAAGGCUGCAUGGGAUGCUGCCAUCACCUUCACUUUCCAUCAUCACUCCCAUGAGGAGCAGCGAGGGAUUCCCUAACAGGUUACUGUCCCCUGUGGGGGCAAGGGCAGGCUGCUGUGGCAGUCCACCCCACUUCAGUCCCUUUCAAGGAAAGGAGUCGUGGGUCGCAGUACACGCUGGGUUGUUGCCUGGCUGUGUUAAUAGCAGAACGGUACUGUUUCUGAGAGGCUGGAAGGCCCUUGCAUUGGUCAAUUUGCUGCAGCAGCAAGGAGUCUGUGGCUUUUUCUCUGCUGUUGUAUUGUGUGCCUGAAGAACAGCCCUUUUGAAACUGGGAAUAACUGGACUCUGUGUACUUGAUCAGACUCAG